ACUCCAGUUUCCUACAUGACGUGAAUGCAGCUCUCUUUAGCUCUGCGGUAACAAUGGCUACUGUCUGUCAGAUUUGGAGACCGGACAGAGGACGGUGCCUUAAAAGCUACGGAAUUAUCGCUGUAUUGUUUAUGGACCUUAUGUUACAGUGUGUUAACGGUUCCCUGAGCACAACUAAUGUUGAGACCCACUACACAAGAGAUGGACCUUUCAUCACUAGCCCGGUGGUCCCCGAUGCAGCCUCAGUGUUUCCUGCAGAUGAAGACACAUCCAAAUGUCCUAGUGGGGGUUUGUGUCACCGCCUGCCAGCUCAUUGCAUUCAAUGCGAUUACCAUCUCAAGUGCACAUAUGGCAAACCAACUUUAUUUACCUGUAGACCCAAAAAAGGCGUUCACUGCAUAGGAGAGUCUGGACAGCAGCAAGCCAAUUUUUCUCUCAAUAUCACCUGUCAGUUCUGUUGGCAGCUGGACCCUUCCCAGUAUCGCUGCACAAACUCCACCAACUGUAUGACAGUCUCUUGCCCACGCAAGCGCUACAAUGCCACCUGUGAUGUCUUAGAUCAUGUACAUUGCUUAGGUAAAAGACGUUUUCCAAAACGUUUAUUUUGUAACUGGACUGGUGGAUACAAAUGGUCAACAGCGUUAGCACUCAGCAUUACACUUGGUGGUUUUGGAGCAGACCGGUUUUACCUGGGCCAGUGGAGAGAGGGUCUGGGCAAACUGUUCAGCUUUGGAGGCCUAGGCAUUUGGACUUUGAUUGACGUCCUUCUAAUAGGGGUUGGUUAUGUAGGACCUGUUGAUGGUUCUCUCUAUAUCUGAAGCAAAGCCCUGGGGACAUGGCUGGCUUUGCUCUUCACACUGCUUCACUCUCAAAGGACUGAAGAGCUGAGAUGCUGUGUUCUUAGCACGUUUGGCUGGCUAAGCUCGCUGUGUAACACAUCUUCAUCCCAUCUGCUAACAAGCAGGAAGUGUUUUCCUCAUCACACAAAUGAUGAUUCUACCCACACAACCAUCAGAUUGAUCCCAAUCAUUCUGCGUCCAUGUCCUGUUGAGAUUGCGCAGAUGGUGCUGUGCAGGAGUAUAAGGAACCGGUAAUUACCUCUGUCCAGUUUCUUUGACUUAACUAGUGGUUAGGCUCUGUCUUGCUGAUAGGUACCUGUGGUUUCCUGUGGAGCAACGCUUUUGUGCAUUGCUUCUCUCUUGUUGCAAGUUAAGUGCUUCAAUAGGGGUCAAAUGGUAACCAUGGCCAUGCAGAAUUUUAUAGUGUCACCACACAAAGGACAAAUUGAAAGGUGAUAUUUAUAUCCUGAAAGUAUGAAUGUGCAGAAGGGAUUUAAGGCGUUUUUUUUAUUGAUUGUCAUUUCAGUGGACAACCUGAACAGUUAUUUCAGCAUGUACUUUAUUUCUUCACCUACAUUCAUUCAGCAGUGCAGGUCACAACUGUAAGAACACUCUCCAAACAGGGGUACAUUUUAUUUUAUAAAAGUUCAUAUGUUUAAUAAAUGAAAGCUACUAUAGUCUCACAACAGCAUUGGGUAGUAAACCACAAGGAAGUAGUUUAACUGUCUCUUCCUGCAGCAUGUAGUUGGAUUUCAGUUGCAGAACAGAUAACAAUCGGUGUAUGAUUGUGUUUGUGAUAAAUAUUGAAACGCUUGAAAUGUGCUGCAAUAGCAAACUCGGCUCCUUGUGAUUUCCGUGUUGGAGAUAUCCUCUGCAUUUAAGUGGCAAUUUUCUGUGAAAUCGUCAUCAUCCUUUACAGAAGUCUGUGUACUAACACUGUAAAAUCUUUUAAUUCACCCACAUUAUGUAAAUAUGUUUUAUGUGUCAAUUUAAGUUGGUUUUUUUCCUCUGUAAGGGCACUGUCAAUUUUGUUUUUUAGUUAAGAAAAUAAAAUUGUGAAAUAUUUGUUUAUCAAAUGUACACAGCACUGCUAACCAAUUCACUGUGCAUGUGUGUUUUUUAAAUGUAUUUAUAGUGUAUGGUAACACCAGAGAAUUUUGAAAGAAAAAUAAGAGGUGAAUAUUGUCAGUUGAAGGGUCACACAAAUAUACUGACAUACUCAGUUGAUUACAGCAGAACUACAAUUACUUGAACAGGACAGUUUCUUUAUAUCUAUAUAUCUAUCUAUAUAUAUAUAUAUAAUUAAACAGUGAAAGGUGCCAGUAACCUUCAUUACCCACAGGUUUGUGACACCAGGAGGGUAAUGCAGUGGCCAGGCAAUGUUCCCCUUUUAAUAAAAUAUCAUUAAAGAGCCCAUAAACAAGGGACUGUAGCUAAAAUGUUUAUCCAGAGGGUAAUGGUUAGUUCAGUUAAUGCAUUAGGCUGUAAUUCUAAAAUUGAUAUAAAUAUAUAUGCAACCACGUUACAUAACAAGGUUUGAAAAAAAAAAUGAAAGAAAGGGGAAAAAAAACCCAAACAUUUCCUUUCUAGCAGGUUCUUGGGCUUUGAUACGACUUUUCCAAUUGGUUGCUUUGCUGAGCGUUGUAAAUUUACUCCACCCUAAUUCUAGUUCCCCAAUUUUUACUCCACCCACUCGUAGUCACUACAGCUCCCUCCCACAGACUGAUGUAAGUGUUUGUCAUCUUCUCUGAGUUGAGGAGGAGACGUCUAGUGAUUAUUUCUUCUUGGAGAGCUGUAAUUUAAACACCAACCAGAGGCUUUUCAACUCUGCAUCCAUAAUAUACUCUUGAUAAUAUUUGUUCCUACUGACUGCUCCAGCCUUACCUCAGUUUGAAUCAUGCUGUACUGUUACAUACUCACAUUAAUGGAUUUAUCUGGACUGUGAACUUGAUGGGUACAAUUAGUCAGUGGGUUUAGCAUAGAUAGGUAAUGGUGUAAAUGUGUGCAAUAUGACUACAUGACUAUAUGGUAUAGGCUUUUAAAACCAUGUAAAAUAACUAGCAAUGCAAUGAUGGAGUAAUUGAGCAGUAUACUGCUUAAUUCACAGUGGUGUUACAUAAAGUUAUACAAUACUUAAUACAUAUGAAAAGCUGUGAAGUUUUAUUCUUUAACAAAUGUACUCUCCACAUCCUUCUAAUUCUCUCAAGUCCUAAAUAAAUAGCGUAAUGACCUUACUAAAUAAUUUUAUUCAUAUGUAACUGCACACUGCCCAAUUACAAAUAAUGGCCCCUAUGAUAGUUGGUUUUUCUAUUCUGUCUUUAUCCUAUUUGGUGUAAGAUUGAAACUCUCCCUAAUGGUUAUUAUAGAGAAUCAUCAUAUGAGAAUAAUAGUUUAAUCUUGUGGUACUUUUCUCAAACAGUCAUUAUUCUCACUGCUAACAUUAACAGUUACAUGGAGUUGAGCCAAAAUAUUAUCUGUUUAAGGCAGACAGUAUCACGACUUCCUAAUUUUGAAUUGCUAAUCAUGCAAAGAGAACAAAAGUUUAUUCAUCCCUCUCUUACGCAACCCCACUUAGUCCCAUUGCGUCUCUGAAUUUUAGAGCAUAGUCCCUGAACCUCUGCAUCCAACACUGCCUAAGAGCUUGUGUCCUCCCAUUGUGCUUACUCCUACAGGAAAUAAGAUUUCUAACAAAAACGUGGAUCGACUGAAUGAUGCAACCACAUGAAUUUAAAAGUCGUAACAGCUCUAUGAGCAUCCAACAGCACGGUCCCUUCUUUCAUAUCUAAAUGGUUGCUCAGAACUAUUGGAAACCGCCUGAGGACAAGGCACAAAUUACAUUGCUCAUAAAAAGUAAUACCCACUAUUGUAUCUUUUCAUUUGGCUUUGCAACAACAUGGGAUCACAAUGGAGUAAUUAGUUUUAUACAAAUGAGCAGAGAUGAUUUAUCUGUGCAAAAGGGAAAACAAAGCUCUGAAAUAUCUGAAUUGAGGACAAACAAUUGGUUUUGGCCUCCUUUGUUCUGAUAUUUCACUAUUGUGGUAGGAAGUUGUUUUUGUAGUCAUUGAGUGGCUAGCAAUUUUCAAAUACAUAAAAUCUGUAUGUAAAAUGCAGGAAAAAUGUAAAUGUAUAAGGAAAGCAACAUGGACAUGCUUCUCCAUAGCAGACCCUGAAAGGCUUGUAAAAGAAUGUUUACAUAAACUGAGCAAACAGACAAAAUCGGGGGGGGGGAACCAUGCUGCAGUGUACAAAGAAGACAGAUGUGAUAUUCCCCAGCAGACAACACCAAUCACCGAGCCAAAUUUAGACAGGAAUGUACUAAAACAAUGAUCCUGUCCAAUAGUCACUUCAGAAUCCAAACCUCUAAUUAAGAUGCUGUGGCAAGACUCGAGAACAGCCGUUCACUUGCAGUCGCUGUGCGACCUGACAGAGUUAAGUGCAUGAAUGGUAUGUGUAUGAAAGGUUGUCUUAAUCUAAAUUCAAUGGAUAGUUUGCAUAUUACCAUAGCAAGAUGCAAUAAAUGAUCAGUAGUCUAGUAAGUACAUGUUGCAUUUUUUUAAAAUAAUCCCCCCCAUGUUUCCUUUUCUCAGAUGGUUUGUUAUAUAUCCAUCCAAUGAUAAAGUCAUAGGAUCAAAUAAUCCAAAAAAAUGUCAUCAUCCUCCCAUCUGUGCAAUUCAUUUAAAAAACAAAAAACCCAACAACUUGAAUGAGCCAAUUUUGCUUUCCAAGUUUGGAAUAGCUUCUACAGUCUGGGCACAGUAACAACAUCUCACUUAAUCCUGCUCACAUAUUGAAGUCAAAAAUAAGAUUACUUUUGGUCAUUUCAAAUGAACACGACUAAUGUCACAAAAAGAACUCAGGCAGAGUGCAUAUUUAGUGAUUUAUUUGUACAAUAGGAAUUGCAGUGUACAAAUACCCCAUCUCAGAUGUAAAGGCAAGAACAUAAGAGCAUCUAUUCUGGCCGACCUGAAAAUCCCUCAAACCUCAUUGUGGGCUUAGACUGAUGAAAACAUGGCAAGGAGAAGUAAAACUUAAAAAAAAAAAAAAAAAAAA